CACCCCCACCUCCACCCGACCCCUUCAGUACAAUGCUCUCCGUGCACAUGAUGUGUGGGAAAUGUGGAAAUGAAACUUCAGGUCAGAAGUUGCAGGGUUUUGCACUGAAUUGCAGUGUAGAAGAUAACCAGUUUGCAUCAUCUUCCUCACUGAGGCUCAUCCUGGUGGGCCAAUCUGGUUGUGGAAAAAGUGCCACUGGGAACAGCAUACUCUGUCAACCUAUGUUGGAGUCCAGGCUGGGGGCCCAGGCCAUGGCCAGGACGUGCCAGUUGGCCACAGGCAUGUGUUAUGGAAGGAACAUCCUAGUAGUUGACAUGCCCUCCACCAUUGACCCAAGACCCAGGACCAGAGAUGUACAAGUUUAUCGGGACUGCUACCUACUCUCAGCCCCAGGGCCCCAUGUGCUUCUGCUGGUGACACAGCUGGAACGCUUCACUGCCCUGGACACAUUGGCAGUGAGUCGGGUGAAGGAGGUCUUUGGGGCAGGAGCCAUGAGACACGUGGGGGUCCUCUUCACCCACAAGAAGGACAUAGGGGACAUGUUCUUGGAUGAGUAUGUAGUCAACACAGACAACCACAGCCUGCAGAUCCUGGUUCAGGAGUGUGGGAAGAGGUACUGUGGCCUCAACAACCAGGCCACUGGGGAGGAGCAGAGGGAGCAGCUGCAGAAACUGAUGGCUGUGGUUGAGAAAUUGGAGAGGGAUAACCAGGGUAACUUCUCCACAUAUGAACUCUUCCUCGAUGCACAGGUGCUCGGGGGGCGAGGGGGAGGGACAACACCCUAG